AAAAAGGGAGAAGUAACGACACAUAAUAAAAACAUUAAAAAUGAAAAUUGAGUUAGGAUCAUGUGCUUCUUACGUGGCGGAUUCUUUUAGAGACGUAGAUAUUUCCUUCAAAAAAAUGCCGUCGUAUUUUUGUCUUGUGAACAGUGACCAAGACUUCCACAGUUCGACAUACCGGUAGGCCUACAUGGAGUUGCUAUGAGCGCCAGUGCAGCGCAGUCAAAAACUCAAAAUCAAUUGUCCGUAUAUAUAUAGAAAAGCGAUAAGACAAACGCGGCUUAAAGGCUAGGCCUAGCCUGGCCACACGCUCACACCGCCCGAGCGUUGUUGGAGCGGUCGUGGAGCGGAGAGAUUAUCGAUUUCGAUUGUUUUUAUUUUGUUUUCGAUUUUUUUAUUUUUCCCCCAAUUUUGUGAGCAAAAUUCGACGCUCUCUCACUUUGCUCCACGACCGCUCCAACAACGCUCGGGCGGUGUGAUCGGCCUUAAUUAUACUUAUAGCUAGAUUAAGAGCUAGAGCGAGCUUGAUUAUCGAUAUGUCACGUGAUAAAUGCUGUCCCCAGGUCAGUCGACUCGGCUUUCGCCAGCCCAUUUUAUUUGAGUCAUCUAUAAAAAUGAUAAUCGCGGGAUUCACGGAUCGCAAUCUUUAUAUAAUCUUGUUAUGAUCAAUUACUAGUUGAAAAUAAAAUUGGUGGAAGCAAUCUAAACGACCUGAAUGAAAAUUAUGAUUUUCAUAUUAGCAACGAUUCAAAACAGAUCAACGACGCCUAAAUUGAUUAAAAAUUUGAGUCAGAAUAAAAAAUUUCUGAGUAAAGAAACUAAUAAAAUAGAUGAAUGAAAGACAGUUGAAAACUUUAAAGAAAGUUUGAACUGAAGUGAAAAUGUGAGAUUAAACAAAAUACAAUAUGAAUGAAGAAAUGAACGAACGACACGAUAAGUUUUGAACUAGGAGGCAGGAGAUCUUUUCAUGAAUAAGUGAAUAUGAAUGAUAGUUGAAUUUGAAUCGUGAAGGAAUUUUGAACUAGGAGGCAGGAGAUCUUUUCAUGAAUAAGUGAAUAUGAAUGAUAGUUGAAUUUGAAUCGUGAAGGAAUUUUGAACUAGGAGGCAGGAGAUCUUUUCAUGAAUAAGUGAAUAUGAAUGAUAGUUGAAUUUGAAUCGUGAAGGAAUUUUGAACUAGGAGGCAGGAGAUCUUUUCAUGAAUAAGUGAAUAUGAAUGAUAGUUGAAUUUGAAUCGUGAAUGAAUUAAAUGACAAAAUUGAAGAUGAAUAAUGAACUGAGAAGUUGAAACUUAAUGAAUUACUUUCUUAUUUCCCACGACAAGAGUUCCCACUCGAUGAUUAAGCCAUUUUGGAGCUAAUUAAUUGGAGCUCACUCACUGCUCAUUGAUAACAUGGGUCCUUAUAAUGAUCCAUGCUGAUAACAAGGGGACGGGAAUCCGAAUCUGACGCUUUCCAAUAUAUCAUUUGGAUCCGCCUCAGUCCUGUUUACGUAACAAUAAAUUUGAUUGACAAACGGCGAUGUAAUUGGCAGCUGUAUCUUCUCUGCAAGUAAUGAUGAAACAUUCACUUUCUCACGCUCCCCACCUCCUUGCUAGUCGGCACUAUCGAUUUAUUUACCGUGCAGAUUAAAGGAAGUAUUACACUUGGCGGGACAUUUGAUUUGAUGUUGAUAAAAAGACAGAGCGAUACCUUAAGUUGUUAAGCUCUUGUUAGAUAACCACCAAAAACCUGCUCGUAUUCCACCUUCGGUACUUCCACCCUUAUCUCUUUAUCAGAAUCUCAAAAUCCCCCUAAUUACUGAACAAAGACCCCUUUCUGUUAAAUUACAAUAUACUGUAAACACACAUUUAGGGUUGAUGUUGAUGAUUUCUUUCCUCCAUCAUUCUGGCUUCAUCAACCAAAUCGAGUAGACAUGGCGAACAGAACGUCCGAUGUAUGGAAACAUUUCACCGAUGACCAGGCAGAUAGGGCAUAUGCACACUGUAAUUAUUGCAAUGCUAGGAGGAAGGCCGGAGAAGGCCGAAAUCGAGGGACGAGUAACCUCCGUCGUCAUCUCAUGGAUUGCCUCGCCUACGCUCGUCAUCGACGUCGUAAUGAAGCUGCUGUUCCACAAGCUGCCGGCGACGCCGGAGCAGCAGCAAACCCCGGGGUAGCACCAGCAGCACCCAAUCCUGAACGACAGCCAGUGGCCGCUCGGCCUCGUCCACGAGAUGGCCAUGUGCAAGAAACUUUAGCUGAAAAUAUUGCCAGAAGGGCGAAAUACAGGAGGGAUAGCGUCAGAUCGCAGGAAAUAGACAGGUCCAUCGGAAAAAUGAUGGGUUUUGAUCUGAGACCCUUCAGUAUCGUUGAGAAUGACGGCUUCAAACAGCUUCUUGGGAAGCUGGAUCCUCGCUAUGACAUCCCAUCUCGUCCGUAUUUUUCUCAAACUGUGGUGCCUGGCCUCUACAAUGAGAUGAGGGAGAAACUCUUAUUUGAUAUACGGAAUUCGAUCCCUGGAAGUAUCUCCCUAACGACAGACUUGUGGAGAUCUCAUCAGAGUAUCGAGUAUAUGUGUGUUACUUUCCAUUGGAUGGAGCUGCAUGAAAACUCCUACAAGAGACGCCAAGCACUUGUUAGUCUGAGCGACUUCGAGGAUGCGACAACGGCCGUCAACCUCCGCACACACAUCGAGGCAGUAAUUCAAGAGUACACUCCCAUCCGAAAUGUCAUGUUCGCAGUUAGUGACAACGGGGCUAACAUUCGCAAGUGUCUGAUGGGAGGAGCCGAUUUGGAACCGCUGGGCAGGGGAUGGGUCCCUUGCUUGGCUCACUGCAUCAAUCUAGAGACUCAAAAGGCUCUCCAUACGUCACAGCGAGCAGUGAAGGAUACGAUUGCCGCCUUACGCACUCUAGUCAGCAAGGUCAACAACGCUGCACCAGUAAGGAGGCGUUUCAAAGAAAUCAUCGGAGAUGAACGUCGUGUUAUCUCUCUACACAGAGAUGUAGAGACACGCUGGAAUUCAACGCUGGACAUGUUGAAGUCCAUUAUCAUUCAGAGGGACGCAGUAGAAGCGCUGGCAAAUGACAGAAUAAUGAGGAAUUAUCCAGAUUUCCGUCGCCCGUUGCUUUUCCAGCACUGGUCUGAAGCCCUUGAUGUGCUAUCCAAUCUGAUAAAUGUGCUUCAGCCAUCCUUGGAUGUUACACUGGCAGUGUCAUCGGCAAAUGCAGACUUGUCUUCGUACGUCCCGUUGGUGAAGGGGAUGUUGAGGCAACUUGAGGCUCUCGAAGCGGACGGUGAUCGAGUACGUGGUGUGGGGAGCAUCCUUCGUGAUCUUCAUGACGGAAUGAAGCAGAGAAUGAAGUGGAUUUUAGAUCCAGAGUCAUGCCCAGACAUUGUUGCAGAUCCAAGCAUCGUCUACCGCACCUUCCACGCUUCAACAUUCAUGAAUCCAAGGUAUAAAGCUAAGUUUGCCCCAAGGAGGGAUGGAGCAAAAGAGGCCAUCAAGACACAACUCCUCGAGAUCGCUGGAGACCUCAUUACAGCUCCGUCACCGAUAGAUUCGGACGACAACCACAAUCAGCACGAGGAUGAUGAACCCAACGUUCCCAUGCGUGAACAUCCUGCAGCAGCUCCUGCUCAGGCUCCUCCACCUCCACUGAGCCUGUCAUCUGCUAUCGCACGAGCAAUGGUUUCGUCAUCAUCAGACGAUUCAGAUGAUCAGAUGGCCGCGGUUCCACGAAGACCAGCGUAUGUCGUUGCCUUUGAGAAUGAAUUGGACCUCUACCUUUCUCAGCCACGGAUACAGCCAACAGACGAUCCGUUGGAAUAUUGGUCACAUCAUCGUGGUACGUUCCCACACCUUGCGCCUGUCGCCGCAGCUAUGCUGGCUAGUCCACCAUCAAGCGUCACAAGUGAGCGCAUGUUCAGUGUUGCAGGGGACGUUCUUACUAGGAAGAGAUGUGCGCUGAAACCCAAAAAUCUUGAGAUGCUGACGAUGAUUAAAGUGAAUAAACUCUACCUCGCUGACUGAGAAAUAAAAUGUGAACACUACCUGGUUGUCUUUUAUAUCAAUCUGUGACAUAGCCUACAUGUACAUUUAACGUUGUAAGACGUGUGUGCCUAAUUCAUUGUACGGUAGGGGAACUUCGGGGAAGAGUCUGAUAAUUUAUGGAUUUUGUUAAACUUUGAUUAUUAUCGAAAGAGCAAGGAUAUUAUAAUUUUUCUCUGGAAAUCAGAGCAACUAUGAAUUAUUUCUGCAGGUAUGAACGGGGUCUCUCUAGAUUCUAGAUAUAUAACAGUCAAACUUAAAGGGGGUACUUUGGGCUGAAAAUAAUAUGGUUUGAUUUAUUCACUUUAGUUAGAUGAUAGAUAUAAUCAUUUUCAACCUGGAGUACUCCUUUUAAGUAACACAAUUUCAAAAAAUCUAUAAUGCAAAUCCUUUAUUAUAUUAACUUUACAAACCAGCAACACGAACAGAAUAGAAUUUAAUAAGAUCUUAACGCAAACUCAAAGAGUGAAAACAUUUUAAGAAAUACCAUUCAUAUGCUUGGAAAUUGCAAUAAAAUCCAUCAAUUUUUUGUGACUCGGUCUUCAUCAUGAAUACAGCUUAUAUUAAAUGCAGCACUGCAAUCGACGGAAAGUAAAGUCCGACUUGUUCUGCAUCCCGAUACAUGCUGUUUUGCGAUGUGUAACUUUGUUGUAUUAUUAUCUUCAAAAAAAUGA